AUGCUUUGCAUCGGGUCGAAACCAUUGGAAAAUGAACUUUUCGGCUCAACAUGGAAAACGCCGAUCGUCGAAUUCGCAGAGAAAACGGAUCCGAAAAUGAUUCUCAACGGCAAAGAUCCUUCCACGGGAAAGAUAAAGGUUCAUUAGUUGUCUUCUUUUUUGGUUCCUUGCUGCAUAAUUUGAAGGCGCUUAGGCAAGGUUUUGUGGUGGUGGAAACUAAAAAAAAACGAACAAGAUUCACUUUAUAACCGAAUUUUUGAAGAAAAUUGGCUGGAGCGCACUUUCAAACACUUUUUUUCUCAUCGAAACAAACUUUUUUUCGCAGUAAUUAUAUAAUUUUAAAAAAAUUUAUGGCGGUUAAAAAAAGCUUCUAAUGACGGUAUAUUUUUUUACUAUAAUUUGUGUAUUUUGCAAAUAUUAAAAAGUGAAAAAAAUCGAAAAAAACAAGAUCUAAAAUGUUCUCUGAAGUAAAUUUUAGCCAAUUUUCAUUCAGAAUUUUGAAUUUCAGUCUAAAAAAAUUUGCAUUCUAAGAUAAUCCUCAUUUUCCUCCACACCAUCAGGAAGUUGUGAACGUUCUUAAAUUAUUAUAUCAAGCAAAAAUCGUAAAAUUCAUUCAGAUCAAUCGAAUUUACCUGACCAGAUCGGCAGUUGUCGAAAUCCUCCACGCAGAAUCGCCCAACGAGAUUUGGGUUCGGCUCUCGAAUCACAUAACCAGUGAACUAUGUCUGCGAGAACCGUUCGUCGCCUGUGAAAAUCUUGGAUUUGAUGAGUUUUUCCAGGUACAAAUUACGGCAAAUGGCCAAUUUCGAGGUCGGCGACUAUGCGAUCGCCCCCGUCAGUGACAGAGUUUUCGGCCGUUGCAUCAUCGAGGAGGUCCUUUUUAUUCACGUUUUACUAUUUUGUCUUAGAAAGACUACCUAUUUCACUGCCUCAUCUCAGAAUAUUUCCUUUUUUUUUGAAGGUGUGUGAAAGGUAUGUCUGAGAAAAAUCGUUUUUUACUACGACCCUUUGAAAGAAAAAAUUUUUCGGACUUUUUCGAAAAGGAGAUUUUUUAAAUAUUUUUCACACAAACUGCGUGUAUUAUGUUUUGCAGUGAAAUGAAAAAAAAAUUCUGCUUUUUUUUCAAACUCUGUCUCAUGCCCUUUUUAACCCUCGAAGGGAACUACAAAAACUUUUUUUCGGAAUGUUCUUAGAAACCUUCUUUGAAAUAAUAUUCAGUCCUAUUUUCUUUUUCGAAGUGAUUGAACGAAAAAUGCGAGAAAAAAAGGCUGAUUAAACUAUAAACAACUGAAAGAUAGAAAGUUAAAUUUUCAGAUCAGAUGAAGUUUUUUUUUUCUCUAAUUUUUGUCAUCCAUUUACGAUUUUCUCAUCAUUUUCAGCUCCGAACAGAAGACCGACGGAAAAUCGUCAGGAUUUUCUUCAUUGACGAAGGAACAAGACGAUGGGUCUACCCCGAGGUUUUUUUCCCUUUGUUAAAAUAGAGCAUAACUCUUUUUCUGAUUAUUUUAAUUCAGAAGUUGUUGGAAAAUAGAUUAUAUUCUGGUUUUGCCCUUGAAUAAAAUAUACAAAUAAAAAAAGGAAGGUAUUUUACUUUGCGGUUGGGAAAUUUCUGAAAAAUUGGUCAUAAGAUUCUUUAAUGUACUAGAAAAAGCUGCUGAGAGUCUCAACCUGCAAAAUUAGCUAGUUAUUGAGAAAUGACACUUUAAAACUAAAAAAAAAUGUUUAAAUUCCGUUGAAACCGGCUAUUUUGAGACUUUGAGUUCUUAUCUCUUGAAAAAGAGGGAGUUUUGCAAGUUCAGGCUUUCUGGUAAACUCUGAAAUUUCAAGAAAAUCCCAACUGGGAAGUGGAAUGACCUUCCUUGUCAGACAUUUCGAAUAAGGAAAGCAAUCCAGGUUCUGCACGAGCUGGAAGAGCGACUGGCGUUCCAUCCGUGGCAGGCGAUCCUUGUCUCGAUGGCCAACGUCGCCCCGACGACAGCCGACCUCUAUGUUUUUCAAUUUCAACGUUCUCGGCGGAAUUUCGAGCAUUAUAGGCAUCUCGUGAAUGGAAAACGCGGGAUUGCGAGAUCCUGCGGGAGAUCCUCAACGGCUUCCCGUAUUUACGAAUCGACGUCUUGUUUUCUAGCGCUCUCCGCAACGACUACAGCCGGCCAGUCAUUGUGAGCCAAAGCCUUUUUGUCACUUUUUUUUCUGGUCAUGAACCGUAAACUUCGGAUAUCAGGUCUUAAAGGGAAGUAGGGGUCAUUCCCAAAUACCCCCCUUCCCCACAGCCUCUCUAAUAGAAAUUUGUUUUGGUGGGAAGCUUGUUCGGACGUGAGGGGCUCUGGAUUUUUUUCCCGCAAAGUACUGAAGCGUGCGGGUCUCGAAGCGAAGCGCGCAAAAAAGUUUUUCAUACUGUGCUCUCUCCCAAUUUUAUUUCAAACGUGAGAAGUCCGCGUGGAAUCCGCUAUAUCCUUAUUUUAUCGGCCUGAUAGCUACCCUUGUCAGCCUGUCUGAAUCGCCUUCUAUUUUGAGAAAAAUGACUUUUCUUUGUAUUAGGCAGACAUCUACGGUGUCAAGAACGACGGCAACGAGAUCUCGUGCGUCUCGAUCGCCAAUCUUUUCAUUGAAUACAAUUUGGAAGGCGUCGAUGUCCUCGAUUCGCUGACUGACGCCGCCGACCACGUCGACUAUCCAGCCCAGGUUUGUUCCGAAGCGCUUCUUCUCGGAAAAAAUCGCCGAAAAACUUAUAUUGCCGAUUCACGGCGAACCUAGGACGUUGAAGGGCGUGGCACUGUCUGCGCUCUCCAUCAACCUGACAGUCUUUCAUUAUUAGUGUUAGGACCCAUUUUGCUAAGGCUCAAGCCAGUCGUUUAUCAGCUGCUAUAUAAAAAAAACGUUUAAUUUUGUUUCUAAAAACCACCUCAAAAAUGAUUACUUUUAAAGGUGUCCCAAAUCGUCCAGAUUUUUACUCAUUUUCCAGAAGAUUCUUUCUAUUUUUUUUUCUAUAUAGUUCGUAAUUUUGAAGUAUUAUGAGUUCAAAGCUCUCUUUUUAUACUUCGAAUUUCGUCAUUUUUUGUCCUUUUCAAUCAAGAAGUUCAACAUGAAGUUUUCGAGUUCGAUAUAAUUGUGAAACAACGGCUAUAAAUAAAGUGUUAGUUAUGAUUUCUUGUUCAAAUUCCCACAUUCGAUGAGAGAUAAACCAGUUGAUCCCAUUUGUACACGUUUUCUUUCUCAAGUUGGCGGGAAAUUCAAAAUUUCGAUCAGUUAUUGAAUUUGAGUAGAAAUUCAAAAGGUAGAAAAGUAGUUACAUGAAAAUUAUCUUCACUGCAAAAAAUGCCUUUUUCCUGUUCUGAAAAGAAGAAUUUGCUUUGAGACUCCAAUGUUAAACCCCACCUCAAGUUUUCUAUUUCCCAAAACGUUCUGAAUAACUUUAGGAAACAAAUGAAAAGUCGGCUGUCGAUCCCUCACAUCCAACGGUUCCCGACGAUUGGAAAAACACCGAGGAAGAAAUGGCCGACGUUGAAUCUUCGGUCAUUUUCAAGGUUUUCGUUAACCUCUUUUUUUCGUUACUCAUGAUUUUUUGCCCGCAGGUGGCCAGUGAAGACGUAGAUGAGACUAGAAACACUCAGAAUAUCAUGGAAAAAUCUAGAAUCAUCUUAAAAUAAAUGUUAUGCUUCGAAAAUUUGAAUUUUAGAUGAGCCUCCGAGAGGAUGGCGACGACUUCGAUCUCCAGCAAUGCCAAGUUCCGAUAUUCGAAGAUAACGACAUUAAAAAGUUUGCAACGGUUGAAAAAACAAUUAUAUUGUUUGUUUAUAGAUUUGUUCACGAUGGAAAAGUCCUCGUCGCUCUUGAGAACUUUGAAAACGCCGAGCCAUUCGAGCUGUACGCAAGGCCUAUCGGACCCAAAAAGAACGAAGAAAAGACGAUUGUCUCCGCUGGUUCUCCAUUUGACCCGACAUAAAAAUGCAAAGAAAGAACAUUUAGAAACGGAGUAUUUCGUGCCCUGCCAAUGGCUUCUCGAAGCCGAGGAACAGUACCGGUCGGCUGCGGAGAAACUCGACGCCUUCUACUCCAACGCCAAGAACCGGAAGACCUUGCCGAAGGAGGAGAUGUGAGGUUUCCGAGGUGUUGUCCGUACCCGAAGCCGUGUUCCAGCGAGGAGAUGCACCGGAAUGGUUGGAAUGUCUACGCGGUCUGCGCCGUCCACGAAGACCGCGCCGUCGUCACCGGCGAGUGGCAGCGCGUCGAGGUCCGCACCAACAUUUGUUCGGUCUUUAGAGAAGAUUCUCUGUUCAAUCAUGCACUUUCUAUCAAUGAUAAUCAUAAAAACCUCGUUUCUACCUCGAGAGUGGUCGGUCUUCAUAUCCGCUCUCCCCUGCGAAUUGAUCCGACGCCCGUCAGCCCUGGAUAAGCUGGGCGCCUUACUGUUAGUACAUUGAGAAGCUCAUCUACUACUUGUACAAAAAGGGCGAGAUGCUCUACGCGCCAUUCUUUAUCAACGACAGUUUCGCGAACCGGCCAAAAAAUCUUCAAUUAUUUCAUGAUUCAGCAGAGAACCUUUUCUGAAGGCUGAAUAAAAGUUUUAAACAGGGGAUAAUUGAAGAGCUGUCUGUCGGCUCGCGAAACGGUCGUUGAUCAAGAAAGAUGAUCUCGCCCUUCUCGAGGUAGUAAUAGACGAUUUUUGAGCGUUCCGACGACGAUCUGCUGCUUCUCCAAGUGGCAAAGUGCGGAGCCCAGCUCGUCUAAGGUCCUAGCAACCAAUAUAAGUUACUACAUCGCAGCGGACCGCAGGCUUCUUGUUGCGAUCUCGUCAAAGUCUCGUUGCGAUAUCGCUCCAUCUCAUAACUUUGAAACUAAGAAAAUUUGUUUGCUGUAUUUCAACUUUUAUAAUGCAAUGAAUCAAAUGGAGAGAAAAAACUUCCGAAAAGCGAUGUAGCGCAAGACGGUUGCGAGGUCGCAGAGAAAGGCAAGCGAUAUCGCUCGCGGUAUAGCAUUACUCUCACUGCGACAUAUUUCAUAUCAUGGGGGAAGAAAAUUUUCACUUUUUGAACAAGCCAUUUUCGUAUUGUUGCAAUCAAAAAAAAUUUUUUUCUGUUUUUUUUUUCAAGCGAGAAAAUUUUUGUAGGUUCUACAAUGCGACAUGUUUGCCCAUGUACGCUACUUGGAUUCGGGCGGUCGCGAGAAAGUUCUCCUCACAAGUCUCUACAAAAUCCACAAGCAGUACGUUGCAAGCUUCUAUCAUUUUCUGAAAAGAAAAAGGCAACGUUUUUUUAACCCCCGUUGAACUUUUGGUGAAACUGAGCUUGAAAUAGCGCUUUUUUUCGUCAUGUUUUGCGUAUUUUGCGAGCUUGGAUGCUUUCAGAACAAGAUCUAGAUAUUUUUUUUCUUCUUGUUCUGGAAUCAGAAAGUCUUGAAGUCCACUUCAGCAAACUUUCAUCAAAAAGUUCAACCGGCGGGUAAAAACAUUCCCUAGCUGGAAAAAAGAUAAAUUUCCCAUUGAAAAUCCAAGCAGCUCAACGUUCCCUACUCAGACAUUGCACUUAUCCGCCGCUCUGUCUUCAACUUUGUCUUUCUGGAAUUAGGGAGCGACGGGAAAUUGGACGCGGUAGGGUUUCUCGUCAUUUUAUGCUGACUAUUUUAAGUUUUCCAGAAGGUUGGAGCGACGAAGCCGUGGAAAAAUUCCGUUCGGUAAUCCUGUCUGACGAAUGUCCCAUGGAGAUUUCUGGCGAUUUUGGUGGGUUUUCUUUCAGUGAAAUGUUCUGGACAUGGCUUGCUCAAAACGUUUUUCUGCCGUUUUAUAUUCGCGAAAUUUUUGUGGCACCCAAAUAGGCAGAUAAAAUGGGUCCUACAACGAUAUAUCGUUAUAUAUGCAUUUUUUGCCGUAACUUCUACGCGCGAGCUUGAAUUUUUGCAAAUUAUUGGGGCGUUUUCUACGAAAAUUUCACGUUCGCGCGUAAAACUCACUGUUAAAAUGCAUAUCUGUCGAUAUAUCGCUGGAAUCAAUUUUUUCUGCGCCUUCUCGGAAUACGAAUUCUGCGUAGCUAAUCUUCUAUUUUAUUCAGAAAUGCUGGGAAGCGAUCGAACUCCUCUCGAACUUCAGCAAUCGCCACCGUAUAUGGCGCCACACGUUUGGUUUAUCUCGAAAUUACGGGUAAGCUUUUCAAAGUCUGGAAACGGAUUUUUUUCAAAGAUCUAAUAUAAAUUGAAAAGUUGCAAUAUUUUCAAUGUUUUCUAAUAUCCAUUAACUUUCUUAUUUCACAUUUUCUUGUAAAACUUCAACUGAAGUCUGCUCCAAAUUUGAAUAAUAAUCGCCCCAGUGACUACCGUAUCUUUCGUGUCAAUUAAUCAUCGCGCUACAUUUUUGAAAAAAUUUUUUUGAUCUACUCUGACAUGGGGCGCCUUUUAGGCUUUCUCUGACACACACUAUUUCGUCAUCAUCUAGCCGAGAAAACGACGAAAUAGCGUGGGUCAGAAAAAAAAAAGUUGUGGCAGCCUUUAUGCGCCCCAUGGCAGAGUAUUGGUUAGGAAGAAGUCGAAAAAUGGAGCGCUAUUGAAGGACGGUCGCUACACGCGAUAAAAAAUCGGCGCGAAUAGGUGCUGUAGUUCAGCUGCUUGUAGUUCAAAAGCUGGACAGCCUGUAUAGCCCAUCCCGAGCCAGCCUUUCACGGUUUUAUCUUCCUCCGAGUCAACUUCUGAAAAGCUUCCAUUCGAUGCACGCGGCCUUUAUGUGUGCAUGCGCCUUCAAAACAACAAAAGGAAGCUCUAAUAAAAAAGGUAAAAACAGGCCGCGGACAUCGAAUAGAAUCUUUCGGGAAGGGUUCUGUACUGGCAAAAUUUGGCCACUAUAGAGGCUCGCCAAGGACUACUUGGAGAGGACACUAAAGUGGCCACUAAACUCACCUCUAUAGUCGCCACUAUUUUCCGUUUAAGUGACCACUUCAGUAGUUUUUCAUCAGUAUUCCUUCCAGUAACUCUGAUAAUUAAAAAAAAACAGAUUGGACCAGUUAUGUUGACCUCUAUAGUGGCCACUAAUCUUUAACCCCUUAUGUGGCCACUAAUUUGACUACUAUAGUGGCCACUAAAAAUUUUCCCAGUAGCUCGGCGGGAAAUAAAAAUCGUGACGCUGGCGCGUGAUGAGCUUCCUAUUUCAAAUUCCUCCAAGUCGAAACUUAAAGAUACUCUCGCACAAUGGCACAGUGCACGACAAUAUGCUCAAGUUCAUUCCCAACGUCAUUUCUCAACCGAAGUGGCCAUAUCAGCGAUGA